AUUCGUCUCAGCCGUCGUAUCACUGCCGUCUCGUCGCCGUCUGCCAUUUGUUUGUAGGUCGCGUGAUGAUGCGAAUAUGGAAUUGAGAUUUGUGAUUUUUCUCUUUGGUUUGGUGUAUAUUUGAUUGAAGUGAGAAAAGAAAAUGGGGGACAAGAGGAAGAAGACGUUCAUGUUCAUCCGUCUAGUCUCAGCGGCUGGAACUGGAUUCUUCUAUGUGAAGAGGAAGAGCAGCAAGGGCCUUCUUGAGAAGCUUGAGUUCCGCAAGUAUGACCCUCGCGUCAACCGCCAUGUCCUCUUCACCGAGCAGAAGAUGAAGUGACCCCAUUUCUUUUAUUUCUUUUCUAGUGGUGGUUCAAGUUGGGGUUUAGAGUUUAGACUUUUGUUUGUAAGUUUCAGUUUGAGGAUCAGAGAAAGUGGAUCUCAGGUCUAAGUACAAGACCUCAAAUCAUGGUUUUCAUUUUGUUAAACCAAUCAUUUUUAAUCAUUACAUUAAGUACUUUGGGUGUAUAAGAAGCUCAAGACUUUUAUAUUUGAUCCAAGUUCAGCAA